CGUUGCCUUGUGAAUCAAGCGCCAUAGUCACCGUAGUCCUGGCGACUGUUACCCAUCAACAACAACCGCUCCUCUCCUGCUCCUCCUCCUCCUCCUGCUGCUCCUCACCCCCAUCCUCACCCCCUUCCUCAUCGUCACCCACAACAACAACAACAACAACAACAGCCGCCUCCAGCAGCAGCGACAGCCGGAGCAGCACCGCAGCCCGCCUCAGCCCAGAGAUCACGAUGCAGACGUCAGAAGCUGGGUCGGAUACAGGUUCAACUGUGACUUUACAGACAUCUGUGGCUGGCCAGGCAGCAGUGCCCACGCAGGUAGUACAGCAAGUACCAGUUCAGCAACAGGUGCAGCAAGUGCAAACUGUACAGCAAGUACAGCAUGUCUACCCAACCCAGGUUCAGUAUGUGGAAGGAAGCGACACAGUCUACACUAAUGGAGCUAUCCGAUCAACAACUUAUCCUUACACAGAAACCCAGAUGUACAGCCAAAACACUGGGGGAAAUUAUUUUGAUACUCAAGGAAGUUCUGCGCAGGUGACAACAGUGGUCUCCUCUCAUAGCAUGGUGGGCACUGGAGGGAUUCAGAUGGGUGUCACAGGAGGACAACUCAUUAGCAGCUCAGGAGGGACCUAUUUGAUUGGCAAUUCAAUGGAAAAUUCUGGUCAUUCAGUGACUCAUACAACACGGACUUCCCCAGCUACAAUUGAAAUGGCGAUUGAGACACUGCAAAAGUCUGAUGGUCUGUCCACUCACAGAAGCUCUCUUCUCAACAGUCAUCUUCAGUGGCUUUUGGACAAUUAUGAAACUGCAGAAGGAGUGAGCCUCCCUAGAAGUACCCUUUACAACCAUUACUUACGACACUGUCAGGAGCACAAGCUGGAUCCAGUCAAUGCAGCAUCCUUUGGAAAACUCAUACGGUCAAUUUUCAUGGGGUUACGGACAAGAAGACUUGGAACUAGGGGGAACUCCAAAUACCAUUACUAUGGGAUUCGUGUCAAGCCAGAUUCUCCUCUUAAUCGACUACAGGAGGACAUGCAAUAUAUGGCUAUGAGACAGCAGCCCAUGCAGCAGAAACAGAGGUAUAAGCCCAUGCAGAAAGUGGAUGGAGUUGCAGAUGGCUUCACAGGAAGUGGUCAACAGACAGGCACAUCUGUUGAACAAACUGUAAUUGCCCAAAGUCAACAUCAUCAGCAGUUUUUAGAUGCAUCUCGAGUACUUCCAGAGUUUGGUGAAGUUGAAAUAUCUUCCCUACCAGAUGGUACAACCUUUGAGGACAUCAAAUCACUGCAGAGUCUUUAUCGAGAGCACUGUGAGGCAAUUCUGGAUGUGGUAGUGAAUCUUCAAUUCAGCCUGAUAGAAAAGUUGUGGCAAACUUUCUGGCGCUAUUCUCCCUCUACUCCACCCGAUGGUACUACUGUUAAUGAACCUAGCAAUCUGAGUGAAAUAGAAAGUCGACUUCCAAAAGCAAAACUGAUUACUCUGUGCAAACAUGAAUCUAUUCUGAAAUGGAUGUGUAACUGUGAUCACGUGAUGUACCAGGCUUUGGUGGAGAUUCUCAUUCCUGACGUCCUUAGACCUAUUCCUAGUGCCUUGACCCAAGCCAUUCGCAAUUUUGCAAAAAGCCUUGAAGGUUGGCUUUCAAAUGCCAUGAACAAUAUUCCACAGAGGAUGAUACAAACCAAGGUUGCCGCUGUAAGUGCCUUUGCCCAGACUCUGCGAAGAUACACAUCUCUAAACCACCUGGCUCAAGCAGCUCGUGCUGUUCUUCAAAACACUUCUCAAAUCAACCAGAUGCUCAAUGAUCUUAACCGUGUUGAUUUUGCCAAUGUUCAGGAGCAGGCUUCCUGGGUGUGCCAGUGUGAUGACAACAUGGUUCAGAGGCUAGAAACAGAUUUCAAAAUGACUCUUCAACAGCAAAGCACUCUGGAGCAGUGGGCUGCCUGGCUUGAUAAUGUUAUGAUGCAAGCCUUGAAACCAUAUGAAGGAAGACCCAGCUUUCCUAAAGCAGCACGGCAAUUUCUGUUAAAAUGGUCUUUCUACAGCUCAAUGGUGAUUCGAGAUCUAACCUUGCGCAGUGCUGCUAGCUUUGGCUCUUUUCAUCUGAUCCGCUUGCUUUAUGAUGAAUACAUGUUUUACUUAGUAGAACAUCGCGUUGCUCAGGCCACAGGAGAGACACCUAUUGCAGUUAUGGGAGAGUUUGGUGAUUUAAAUGCUGUGUCCCCUGGAAAUAUGGAUAAAGAUGAAGGCAGCGAAGUUGAAAGUGAAAUAGAUGAAGAAAUGGAUGAAAAUGGAGAGCCGCAAGCAAAGAGAGAGAAAACAGAGCUAAACCAAGCAUUUCAGGUGGGCUGCAUGCAGCCAGUGCUUGAGAGUGGAGUACAGCAGAACCUCCUGAACCCAAUUCAUAAUGAGCACAUCGUUGCAACUACUCAGACUAUCAGACAGUGCAGUGCUACUGGAAAUACAUAUACUGCAGUCUAAUGUGAAACUUCUCCCCUCCCCCAUCAUUACAUUAGCUCUUUGGGUUUAAGAGGAAAAAAAAUAAAAGAGAAAAAAAGUCUGAAAAUUGACUGUUGUCAAAUUUCAGCUGUACUGAGCAUUAUUUUAUUGGAGUCAUUAAAUGGUAUGGGUGUAAACAUUUUGCCAGACCUGUUUAAAAAAGAUUUUCUUGUAAACAGGAUCAUUUUACAUUGGCCACUCAAUAUGAAGAGUUUUCUUAUAAUCAAAUGCAAGAAAGAUUUUUGCAAAGCUUGGUGUUAAUGUUUUUGUCCUCUUAUAAUAAUUUAAUUUUUUUCAUAGUUUUUUUUAAAUAUUUUAAUGUUCAUUAUUGGUUAUGGUGAUGAUUUCAUAUACAUAGGUUUUUAAAUAGAUGCACUUCUGUGAAAUAUCAAAAGAACUAUUUUCUUUGAUUUACACUGGAGGCAUACUUAUUUGACAACAGAUGUAUCAAGUUUGUUAUAAAAGGUGCUUUUCCGUGGACAACUAGAAGACACUAUUUUGAUAAAAUUGUGAGUAUUCAGGGGGAUUUUUUGUAAUAAUGUUGAAGAGUUGAGAAGAUAUACUAGUUUCUUUCUGUGAGAAAGAAGCAAGUUUAAAUGGCAGAAUUGUAACAAUGUGAUAAUGUGUACGUACGUAACGAACGUACCUAAUUAUCUGACCAUCAUGUUAAGAAUGCAAGGUUCAUUAAAAAUCAACAGUUCCAGGUAUUAUUUGCAUACCAGUUCCUCUGUUUUGAAGACUACUGAUACUAAAUGUGGUGCCACUGAACAGGUACUUUUGGCUGUUGAGUGGUACUGUAGUUGUUAGAAGCUGAAGCUGAAAAAGAAGUGACUUAAUUAUUACUGUUAAUUUUUAAGUGUACAUGCUACUUAAGCUGGACUGGACAUACAGGAAAAUAUUCCAUUUGGAUGACUUUCUUCUAUUCCAGGUCUUUUCGUAUUAGUGGUUCAAUCUGCUGCUCUUAGAAAAGAUAAUUUAUAGAAUGCAAGGAAUGUAGCAACCUGCAUCAUUUUCCUUUCACAAAAAUAUUUCCUUGUUGUUACAGUGGAUUUAAACUUCUACAAAAAAUUAGGUAAGGCAGUGUAACUGGCACACCUCACUUUUACUUAUUCCCAGUUGUGUAGAAUUUGAAUAGGUGGCUAGAUGGACCAUUGCCAUUUAAGAAUGUACAUCAGGGAUCAUUGUACCUCGGCUAUUACAUGGUGCCUUAAACAGAACUGAAGCUAAGACUUAGUACUUUUUGUUAUUCUUAACUCUUAAAUUAAUUCAACAAGGUGUGCCUGUCAUUUUCAAAUUCCCUAAGAAGUAAGGACAGGUUACAUAGCCUUCAAAAUAAUAAAAUGAUUUUUUAUUAUUAAAUGAUUUUAAUAUCCCUCUUAGAAUGACAAUAAACCUAUUUUUUCUUGUUUCUAGCUGGAUUUCACUUUAUUACAAAUAAAAUUUGCUUGGGAAUCUGGAAGGCAAAACUAGCUUUAAUACCACAUUCAGAUGUCAAGAUAGAUUGACUAUAGUCCCAAGCAUGAUUAUAUAUAUUUUUAGACCCAUGUCUACUUCUAAUUUUAAAAGGUAAAAAUGAAUAAAUGAGCAGGUACAUAAUGCAGUGCAUGUUUUCAAUUUGUAUGUUUUGUGGGGUAUCAGCCUGAUUUUACAUUUUAAUGGCUCGAUCUCGUAUUGACAGUUUAUAUAAAGCAUACAUUAAUUGCCAUUUUUAUUCUUAAAUAUUUCAUUAUGCAGACACAUGAAUUUGCCACGUUAUAUAGGGCAUUGAGUAAGAAAAAAAGAAAAAAAAGAAAAAAAAAAAGCCAAAAAGUGAAGGAGAGCACAAAAACAUCAACUUUAUACAAAUGACUGUGUAAAAAAAUUAGGGGUUCUUUUAUUUUGGCUUACCUACAGUGUCUGUGACAUGACUUUAAAGUAAUAUAUACCAAAUGGGAGAAGAAUAGCAAAAUUAACAGUGUAUUUAUAGCAAAGGAGUUUGUUGCUAUAGAUUACAUGUGCUCCAAAUACAGCUACAUAUCAACUAAAAUGUCCUAACAUUAUUGGUGUGCAAAAUUAAACUUAACUUCCUUUUAAAGAGUUGGGAGGUAAACCCAUCCUGCUUACUCUGUGUAGGCAUAAUUCCUGCUUGAUGUUAAUAAAUGGCUUUCACCUCAGUAAGAAGUGAAAGUGAGGUUUAUAUUCAUUAUUUCUAUACUCAUAACUGCACUGAAUCUCAUUAUAGAUUUUGCUCUCACAUAUAUUGCUCAGUGUGUCCUGAUUUAUCCUUGGAAAUCAGCGUAGAUGUACCCUUCACCAAAAAUCCUAAAACUAAGCUGUGAUAAAUAUUUACUCCCCUUCAUUGUGCAUUAUAAGAUGUUUACAAUUAAAAUAAAGUGAAAUAAUUCAAUUUUUUUUUUCAUUUUAAACUUUUUUAAUACUGUAGUACUUCAUUCAAUUCUUGUCUUGGCAAACCCUAUAAUGUUUUCUUACUGUCUUAUUGAUUUUAAUGUUGUAUUUGUUGUUGAGAAAAGAGAAUGAUUGUAAUAGGUAAAUUUAGAUUGCUGAAAGAGGUGGGACCUGAGUAUCUUUAAUUAUUCCGUUUCCCACUCCCAUCCCAGUUGUUCACUGUUCACAA